AUGGAGGAGGUUGUGGUGGAGAGUCUUCUUAGUGGUAACAGAGAGGCUCAAAUAGAAGCAGCUAUUGAGCUAAGUAAUCUAAGCAGGAAACAAAGACAAAAAAUGUCAGAAAAAGAAAUAAUUUCUCCUUUACUCUCAAUGUUACAAUCAAAAGAUUCUAUCACAAGAGAAGUUUCUCUAUCUGCAUUACUCAGCCUUGCCUUUGGCAGUGAAAGGAACAAAGUCCGGAUUGUGAAAUCUGGCGCAAUACCGAUGUUACUAGAGAUUCUCCAGUCGGAAACAAAGAUGGUAGUAGUUGAAAUGACCAUGGCGUUUCUUCUGAUUCUCUCUUCCUGUAACAAAAACAAGGUUAAGAUAGCAUCAACUAGGCUGAUUCAGCUUUUAGUUGGACUUAUCGGGAUGGAUAGACUAACAAUUCAGGCCAAGGUUGAUGGCAUUGCAACACUACACAAUCUAUCAACUCUCCAUCAGAUUGUUCCCUUGGUUAUAGCUUCUGGAGCACCGUAUGCUUUGCUUCAAAUCAUCAACUUUUGCGAUAAAUCUUCUGAAUUGGCUGAAAAGGCAGCAGCUUUGCUCGAAAACAUAAUUUCUCAUUCACCAGAAUCAAUCUCCAGCAUCAGUGGAGCGAUCGGGGUUCUUGUUGAAGCCAUUGAAGAAGGUUCAGCUCAUUGUAAAGAGCACGCCGUGGGAAUAUUACUCGGUGUAUGCAACUACGACAGAGAGACAAACAGAGGAAUGAUUCUGAGAGAAGGAGUGAUGCCUGGGUUGCUUCAAGUGAGCGUAGACGGGACACGGAGGGCUAAAGAUAUGGCUAGAGAGCUAUUGCUUCUAUUGAGGGAUUGCUCUGAGUAUGUCAUCAAGAACAAACAGUCAAAGAUUGAGAUUUUUGAGCAGAUCAUGAGGGACAUUGAUCAAGAAGGCGAGCGAAUACCUGGAACCAUGUUGAAGUUGGUGGAAGAGAUGAUUUCAAAACUCAGCACAUAG